AUGGAGUCGGUAAAACAAAGGAUUUUGACCCCCGGCAAGGAGGGGCUGAAGAAUUUUGCGGGGAAAUCGCUUGGCCACAUCUACAGAGUCCUAGAGAAGAAACAGAAGCCUGGGGACAAUAUCGAGCUCACGGAAGAUGGGAAACCUCUGGACAUGCCCGAGAAGAAAGCUCCUCUCUGCGACUGCACCUGUUUUGGGCUGCCCCGAAGAUAUAUCAUUGCCAUCAUGAGCGGACUGGGAUUCUGCAUUUCCUUUGGAAUCCGUUGUAAUUUGGGAGUAGCCAUCGUGGACAUGGUCAACAACAGCACCAUACACCGAGGAGGAAAAAUUAUUAAAGAGAAAGCGAAGUUUAAUUGGGAUCCCGAGACAGUUGGCAUGAUCCACGGCUCUUUUUUCUGGGGAUAUAUCAUCACUCAAAUCCCUGGGGGAUAUAUCGCAUCCAGACUGGCAGCUAACAGGGUAUUUGGUGCUGCUAUAUUGCUGACCUCCACCCUCAAUAUGCUAAUACCAUCUGCAGCAAAGGUGCAUUUUGGGUGUGUCAUCUUUGUUAGGAUCUUGCAGGGCCUUGUAGAGGGUGUCACUUACCCUGCCUGCCAUGGGAUAUGGAGCAAAUGGGCCCCUCCUUUAGAGAGAAGUAGGCUAGCAACCACUUCCUUUUGUGGUUCCUAUGCAGGAGCUGUCAUUGCAAUGCCUUUAGCUGGGAUUCUUGUGCAAUAUACUGGGUGGCCUUCUGUGUUUUAUGUGUAUGGGAGCUUUGGGAUGGUCUGGUACAUGUUCUGGCUUUUGGUGUCAUAUGAGAGUCCUGCAAAGCACCCCACAAUCACUGAAGAAGAACGGAGAUACAUAGAAGAAAGCAUCGGGGAGAGUGCCAACCUCUUAGGUGCAAUGGAAAAAUUCAAGACUCCAUGGAGAAAAUUUUUUACAUCUAUGCCCGUCUAUGCAAUUAUUGUUGCAAACUUUUGCAGAAGCUGGACUUUUUAUUUGCUGCUUAUUAGCCAGCCUGCUUACUUUGAAGAGGUGUUUGGGUUUGAAAUAAGCAAGGUGGGUAUUUUAUCUGCUGUGCCGCAUUUAGUGAUGACAAUUAUUGUGCCUAUUGGGGGACAAAUUGCGGACUUUUUAAGAAGCAGACAAAUUCUUUCAACUACUACUGUGAGAAAGAUAAUGAACUGUGGAGGUUUUGGCAUGGAGGCAACUCUUCUUCUGGUAGUGGGAUAUUCUCACAGUAAAGGAGUGGCUAUUUCAUUCUUAGUGCUUGCUGUGGGCUUCAGUGGAUUUGCCAUAUCUGGAUUCAAUGUCAACCAUUUAGACAUUGCCCCAAGGUAUGCCAGCAUCUUAAUGGGAAUUUCUAAUGGAGUUGGGACCUUGUCUGGAAUGGUUUGUCCUAUAAUAGUUGGAGCCAUGACAAAAAACAAGACACGGGAAGAGUGGCAGUAUGUCUUCCUUAUUGCUGCUUUAGUCCAUUAUGGAGGUGUUGUAUUCUAUGGUAUAUUUGCUUCAGGAGAGAAACAACCUUGGGCAGACCCUGAACAGACAAGUGAAGAGAAGUGUGGUUUUAUUCAUGAAGAUGAACUUGAUGAAGAGACAGGGGACAUUACACAGAAUUAUGUAAAUUAUGGUACCACUAAGUCUUAUGGUGCUACGACCCAGGUCAAUGGUGGCUGGCCUAAUGGUUGGGAGAAAAAAGAAGAAUUUGUACAACAGGAAGUACAAGACUCAUACAGCUAUAAGGAAGGAGAAGAUUAUUCAUAA